AUGGUGAGGCUUCAUAGCUCUUAAUCAAAUUAUAUAUAUAUAUUGUUGCUGUCACUCUGAGGGUAACAAGAGGUGUUUUUGACCCUGUGAAAUUUGCAAACAAUUCCUAGUUGUUCACGUUUGGACUGUCCUGCAAACAUCUAAAUCAGUGCAUGAAAACCAAGCAAUUUCUUGGAGUGAGUGAAUAUGCUGUGAACACCUAAUUUGUGCGGACAGUUAGACAUGGGUUUAUAUUUUUAUUUUGAUUUCAUCCCUCUAGUAUUAGUGGUGGUGUCUGAUGUAUUGUUAAAACUCUCAUGACUUGCAUAGAGCAUUAGUUUUGAGGUGGGUUUUUUAAAACUUCUAGAGUAACUUUUUGCAAAAUUAAUGUCUCUGUUUUAUUCUGUUUUGAUCCUUAACCGCUAGACGACUUACUCGGAUAAAGGGGUGAAGGUAAGAUCACAAUGCAGUCUAAUAUCCAUGCACCCACCCCACCCCAAAUAUGGUCUAUGAUGUCAAUGGCAUUUUGGAUUAAUGUCUUAGGGCAUAAGCUGACGAGAAGGACCACGGCAAAAGCCUUUUUGAAAUGAAUAUUCUCUUGUUGCAUAGAAGAACUGGGCUGUGCAUUUGGCAAACACCCGAUAAAUCUGAAAGCAUCGUACAAAAGCCAUAUUCUUACAUUCUACAAGAUGCAAUUGUUUUGUAUUUUAACUGAAUGAUUGUAAUUCUUAAAGCAGAAGUGUGUGAGUCUCAUAGACUCACACAUUACUUAAGGGAAACCUGGGUUAGCCAGCAAGUGUACUCUCAUUCCAGGUCAAUCCCAGCUGCCUGUCAUGGGUGCAUGUAUGAUACAGGGGUUUGCAAACAACGUGUUCACCCUUUUUGGGUGUUAACGUACUAAAUAUGCACCAAUUUCUUGUCUAAUAUUUUUUGAUAUUUCAUCAUAGCUGACAAAAGUGGUGUAUUUAAGAAACAAAAGCUCCCCCAUCUCAGCUAAAAAAUAAAACAAAACAAUGAGGGCAAAGUUCAGCCAACAUUAAGCAAUUUUCAGCCUCAUUAAAAUGAGAGGGUGGUUAAUUUUGGCUAGUUGGUGCCUUAUGUUCUCAAUCGAUUAAGAAAAAGUGGUACAUUCACUAAUUACUGUGUGUGCCUGGUCCAUUUGCCCAAGGCUAUGAUCCUAAGCUACUAGAAGGGAGUUCCAUUGAACCCAAUAGGACCUGCUUCCAAAAUAAACCUCAUUGCCCCCCACAGAGGGUAGCUGUGUUAGUCCGUAUCCCAGCAAAAACAUUAAAGGAUCUUUGCCUUUGCCAUCCGAGUUCCGAUCCUGCCUCACCUGGCUCUGUUGAGAGGGCUUUGAAUGAUCCUGCCUGCAGUGGCACAGCAUGUGGGGGGCACGGGGGGGGGGAAUUGCCCCAGAUACAAAAUGGUUAAGGGUGCAACAUUUCAACACCUGGGCUCUGUUGAAAAUGGCUUCUCCUUGCAAAUCAGGACAGCGGAAGACUCUUCUUUUCUUCUCUCUACAGCUGCAAUCUCCUGGGGGAUGCGGGUGCUAUUAGGCAGCUGUAACCAUAUGCGUGCUCCGUCCAUUUCACUCCCACCCCCACCUCUGCACGGCCCUGGGUGCUGGGACCCUAUGCUACGCUACUGCCUACCUGUAUUAGGGAUACUGGGCUGCUCUGCCUCUGAGUGUGUCACAUACCGUAAUAACCAGCUACCUUUUCUCCCAUUCAGCCUGAAAGAGGCCGGUUCCUUCACUUCCAUUCCUUGACGUUUUGGGUUGGUAAUGCAAAGCAGGUGAGUGUGCUGAUAAAACCAGGAAGGUCUGCCAGGGCGGGUUGGGGGGGGGGUUGACUCCCGAGAAAGGAUGAGAGAAGAAACCAGUUUGGCUCGGAUUUCAGAGCAGACUUACCUGAUUCGCAGUGCCCGAAACAAGAUGCUUACUGCAAUGCGGCAAAACUUUGAAAUGUUCACUUCUCUGAAUUUUGUGGUGUAUACAAAAUGUGUACAUUUGGGGAAUGUGUUAUAAGAAUGCAGGUGUUUAGUGAAAACCAUGUAUGGACGUGCAUUGUAUGGGGUCAAAUUGCUUGCAAAAAGGAGAAGGGCCUCGUGAAAUGUGGCAGGUUUCCAUGAGUACUUUAAAAGAAAAGUUCACAUGUGAGAUGUGGCAAGCAGAACAAAAAGCUGGGAAAAUGAGAAAGAGGGGGAAGCCAGACUUGACAGAGUCCUUCCUCUUAAUGUUGUUGGCUUUGCUGCUGUUGCCCCCUUGUCCCCUUCCCAGGCACCUCACUGGGGCAUCUGGUUGGUCUCUGCGAGAACAGUGUGCUGGACUGUAUUGGGCCCCCUUUGGCCAGAUCCAGCUGCAAAUCUCUUCCUGCAUUUGUUUGCAAUACGGAGGGCUGUGGAGGGGAUGUGCUUCAGGCUGUUGCGCUAUUGGAUGCUGGAGACGGGGUGGAGACCCAUCUGAAAGGCGGGGUGGGAGUGGGGCAGAUUUCCUGGGUAAGCUGCAUUCAAUUAAUGGCUUGUGCCUUGCUGGCUAUGGGGGAUGGGGCAUUGCACUCCGAGGAAUGUGGAGCUGGAAUGGUCUUUGGACCAGCCUGAUGCAACCGAGAGAGGGGAGAGGGGAGGCAGAUUCUUUGCUUGGUUGGCGGGGUUAGGGAGGUCCUGAGCCAAACACACACCGUGCACAGAGGGCUCACCCACACCCUGGCUGAAUGCCCACAUUUCCCCAUUCUGAAUUGUGCACUGUAGCCCCCUGUGCUUCCACACCUCCCUGGUUUGUUUGCUGCCGCAACAUAUCUUUCUACAAGGACCAGAGGGCUGCUGCAGCCAAUCCUCACCCCUCCAUGUGGCUGUUGGCAUCCGUCUGUCUCGAGAGACAAUGGAGUGCAGCUCCUGGGACGGAGUCAAACUGCUGUGCCAGCAGCACCAAAGUGACUUCCCUGAGGCAUAAGCCUGGUCAGUGUAUCUGGAGGUCCUGGGCUGCCCAGACAACAUUAACCUCGCUGAUGUGGUCCAAAGGAAAGGAAAGCAAUAUGCUUGACACUGGCUUGGCGGCAGGAAUUGCCAGAAAGAGUCAUACAAGAUGUCACCCAACCGCCUUAGGGACUCCACUCCACAUUUGUGGAGGGGUUACCCCUGAGCCUUUCAUUCUCGCAAAGAUAUGCAGGCAGCAGAAGUUUAGGAUCAGAGUUUUGCUUCUCCUAGAUGGGCUACCUUCCCAGGUUGAUGAGCCCCGUCAACCUCAUCUUUCCUCCAACAAACUGAAAGUGAUGUCCCCCACCCGCCAUUUUGUUUCUUAAUGAUGUCAUUUGCAACUGUAAUUCAAUGGAAGAUGCCCCCAGAGUGGUCUAUUGAAGCAAUACCAAAAGAAGAAGUCAGGAUCUGUUCUCAGGCUUGCAGUCUGUCUGGAAUGAUGCGGCGCAAAAAGGGGAAAGGGGUGAGGCAGCUCCCUAAGGGAUUUAGCCUCCUGGGCAAGUCUGAGGGGCAGAGUGGGGAUUUGAACCUUACUCCACACCCAAUAUUCUGACCAUUAUGUCACACUGGUUCUUGCCAUGUGUCAUGCCAAGAUUUAAAACAUCACACCAGUAGGAUAAACAGGUAACGCUGUACUCAAUGUUGCACUGAGCAGUUCGUUGCACAGAGCAAGGGUUUCUCCUUGUGCAACAGAACCAUCUCCCCUCUGUGUCCCCCACCUGAUCUGGGGGUUUCCCCUCCCUGCAGAGUGGAUUUGAGGAUGGCGUAAGAUGUGCCGGGGGGGGGGAGGGAGCUGAUUAUGGCCCAUAAUCUUAAUAUUAUGUCUGGUGACUUACUGAUAACAUACUUUUUUAAAAAGGCUAUUUUGCUUUUUUUCGCCCAUGUGUUUUAAAGGCUGCUUCAUUUUAUUGCAACAAAAUGGGGUUUGAGGAACUGGCCUACAAAGGUCUGGAGACGGGAAGCAGAGAGGUGGUGUCCCAUGUGGUCAAACAGGACAAGGUAAGGAGGAAAGAAAACUGCACUGAUGUAGGCUGGGGGGGGGGGUCCUAGGGUUGCCAUAUUGCAAGAAGUGAAAAUCCGGAGACAAACAAAUUGUUGACCUUUAAAAUUUCCUGUGGAGGUAGAAGGUGUGAGAACAAGCUUGCAAAACCAGUCCAUUUGUCUAGGCAACAGUUGUAGCUGACAACUAGCACCAUGAUCCACAUGCCAAAGGGAUAAGCUGAGCUGCAAGGGCUACAACUAAGUGAUAUUGCCCUCUGGGCAAAUGAGUGGAUCUCCCUGUGUCCCCCCCCCCAGCUGCCAGGGGAAGGGAGCAAUAGGCAUUGCUGGGCAGAGGGCAGGCUGAAAAGCUGGAGCCAGAGACAUGCUUGCUCUGCACUAAAUCCAAGCUGUGACUCAAAGGACAAGCAAGAUCUCCUGGGGUGUUCAUGCUGUGAGCCUCUUCAUUCUAUGCUCAGGUUAUAUAUGUGUGUAGAUAAAAGGUAAAGGGACCCCUGACCAUUAGGUCCAGUUGCGGACAACUCUGGGGUUGCGGUGCUCAUCUCGCUUUAUUGGCCGAGGGAGCCGGCGUACAGCUUCCGGGUCAUGUGGCCAGCAUGACUAAGCCGCUUCUGGAGAACCAUAGCAGCGUACGGAAACGCCGUUUGUCUUCCCGCCGGAGCCGUACCUAUUUAUCUACUUGCACUUUGACGUACGCUCGAACUGCUAGGUUGGCAGGAGCGCCGACCUUCUGAUCGGCAAGCCCUAGGCUCUGUGGUUUAACCCACAGCACCACCCGUGUCCCUUGAUGUAUGUAGAUAAACCAUCUAUAAACCAUAUAUUCUAAAGACCCUCACUCCAAGUAAAUUGAACCUGGAACCCUUGGACUCUCUUACCCUUUGGAGAGUUGGGCUGGAGUGUAACAGUAUUGUGAAUAGGGGAGGGGGACCCACAACUGUCUUGGGUCUAGCAAAGAGAGACCAACUCUCUAAGCCAGCCUUUUCCCAACCUGGUGCCCUCCAGAUGUUAUGGAAUAUUCCUGUUUUUAGCUUCCUGUUUGUUGUCUCAAUGAUCUUGGAUAUCAACAUUUUAAAUGAAUGCCAAUGUCAGCAUUUCAGCCUUUGACUCAUCACUUAACCUUGUCAUAAAGAAAACGAAUGCUUGUAGUUAUUCUGAUUAUUAUUCUGAUUACCAACAGAUCAUAUUUAUCUUCUCCUCGGCUCUCAACCCUGGAAAUCAAGGUAAUUCAAGAGUUGGUCCUGUUGUAACUUUUCUUACCAAAUGAGUUCUUUUUGAAACCCUGGGAGUUCUGUGUCCAGCUCUGGGAGCCACAUUUUGAGACAGGUGUUGGCUCCACGCAGGUCAGGAGUAGGGCGAACAGGAUGGGGGGGGCGGUUCUGGACUCUCAGUAAGGAAUGCAUUAAAUUGCUGGCUAUGCUUUAGUCUGGAGGAGAGAAGUUUAAGGGGAGACGUGAAAGUGGUCUGCAGAUAUCAGAAGGGUUGUUGCAUCAAAGGUGGAACAGACUUUUUCUGAUUCUCCAGAGGGCAGGACUUGAACUAAGGACCAGGAAUGGCAGAGAGGGGCAGAUUUUGGCCAGAUAUGCAGAGAAAGUUCCUAAAAGCAACUGCACCUGGACAGUGGGAAUGUCUGCCACCUCCCCCUAUUUAAGCAGAGGCUGGGCAGCCAUUUGUAAGGGGCUGCUGCAGGACUUGUGCCUUGCAUUGCAGAUUCUGCUCUGAGCAUUGGGGGGUGGGGCUCAAUGACCUCCCAGGGUCUCUUUCAAUGCAGUUCACUGGUUUAUUUUACCAUGCUUCAAGUUAGUUUGUAUCCCAGUGUUACAUAGAUCAUCUCGUCGUUUCCAGCCCAGGUGUGCCAUCUAGGGGAGCUGGGGGGCCGAGGGCUCCACCCAAAUUUUCAAGGGGUGGGUUGGGCCCCCUCAAAAUUCAGUGACCCUGCGCACUGAAAGCUCUCUGAUGGUCUCUGCCAGGGGUGUGGCAAGGCAAAGCAUCUUCACCCUGGCAUGUCCUUUUGAGAACUGCCCGGGCCCCUUCCCGGAAGACACCAAAACGAGAGGCUGCAUAAAAAAGUAGGGUGGGGGCAGGGGAUGGCAGGCCAAGUUGGCAUGUCUGGGGGGGGUGUAUGUGUGACGUCACGCAUGCGCGAUGCCCUCCCUCCUGGCAGUGUUGGGCACAAGUUGGUGCCUCUGUUCCAGCCUGUAGUGUUGGCGCAUUUUGCUCCAUGGAGCCAUGGAAGCUGCCUGCAUUGUGAUUCUUAGCUACAAUGGCUUUGUUCUCCCUCCAAUGUUGAAGGCAGCACACCUUUGUUGGGAAUCCCAAAUGGGGAAUUGUCUGCUGUGCUCACGUCCUGCCUUCAGGCUUCUUGUAGGCAUCUUGGUUGGCCGUUGUGAGAACAGGAUGCUGGACUAGAGGAGUUAUUGGCCUGAUCCAGUGGCUAGGCCCUUCUCAUAUUUCCAUGUCCUUCACAACCCAUCAGCGGUGCCAUAGGUGCCCUCUCGCACCGAAGAUUGUGGGUGCCCACAACGAAGGGCUUCGACUUCGCCCAUUGACUUUGGAGUGGCUCAGUCCCCCAAAUAUAUUGUUGUGGGUGCUGAAGCACCCACGGCUCCCUAGAGUGAGCUCCAGUGAGUGGUUCUUUAAUAUCAUAAGGACUGAUCCAGCCAAAGGGAUACCCUGUCCAGCCCCCAGCUUCUCUUCAUGGCCAACCAGAUGCCUCUGGGAAGCGCUCAAGCAGAGUCGUCUUUCCCAUAGGGCUUAGUGGUCCGUUGCGCCAGGGCGCCAGCCUCUCAGGGGCGCCCCAGCGAGUGGAGGAGCUGCGUGGCUUUCCUGGCAGCCUCCCCUUUCCCUGCAUGCCCGCCAGCUGGCGGGCGUGCAGCUUGCCUCCCAAGCCUCUGCAAGGAUUGCUCUCCUGCAGCGGCAUGGGGGAGAGUUGCGCCCCCCGAUGGCUGGCAGUGCACAGCUUCAGCCCCCCCCACUAUCUGUGGUAAUUUGGGGGUGCUGGGCGGAUAUUUGCACCCUGGCACCACAUCUGCUAAAGACAGCCUUGCCCUUGAGCAGCCUGCCAUGGUGGCUGUGGGCCUCUCCCUCCUUUUUUCUUUCUGCGUUCUCUGAUGGGCCUUGAAGGCUGGAUUCAGGGUCACCACGUCUGCCAGUUCCUCAGCUGGAGUUUUUACCAGGGUUAUAUGCAGCCCCUUGGCAGGACUUCAAAUGUAGGCUUCUCCUUGUCUCAGGGGGGAGAUGGAGUCUCCUUUGCUCUUAAAGGACAAUGCAGUUAAUUCACUAGCACAGGUAAUUUGCUGUGCCUAACUAAGGCACAGCUGGCGUUCCAUGUUCUGAGGUACACUGCCUCUGACUAUGGAGGUUUCAUCUUUUUUGGCCAAUAGCAGUUGACAAACUUCUCCUCCAUUAAAUUGUCUUGGUGUUUCCUCUUUCUCUCUCUCUCAUUAUGCAGAAAUGGGAGCACACUUAGUGAAGCAUGGGGACGGAGUCAAAGAUGUUGCCUUUGAAGUGGAGGACUGUGAUUUCAUCGUGCAGGUGAACCUCUGCUGAAGAGGGUCUCUGUGUGACUUGAGAGGCUUGCUAGCCUUUCGCCUUGCUUCAUCUAGUAGGUGCUAUUUUUAUUUUCCCCACUCAGAAAGCUAGAGAGCGUGGAGCUCUGAUUGUUAAAGAACCCUGGAUAGAGGAAGAUAAACACGGGAAGGUGAAAUUUGCAGUCGUUCAGACGGUAAGAAAGUGAGGGCUUUCACCUAUAAACUGCAUUUGGAGAGACUCAGGAAAUGAUAAUACUAAUAGGCAGCUGUUGUUAGACAGUGGAACGGACUGGAAGGUAGAGGUUAAAUGGUCAUCUGUCAUUGCAGGGGGUUGGACUAAACUCUACGACUGUGAUUAAUAAAUAGGAUUUAUGUAGCAUGUUUUCUAGGCACUUUGUUUUUAUUUUAUCAGAAACCCUUAAAACAAGCCUAUCUUAUUAGCCUCAUGUUUCUGAACUGGAGACUGAGAGAAAUUACUAGACUUCUUCAGCCUCAAGAAGAAGCUAUGCAUUUAGCCAAAGGUAGUGAUUAAUGUACAGAGUAAGAGGUCCUGUUUGCCAUUGCAGUAUACUCGGAGUCCUGUAGUGACUUCAUGCUCUUUAUUGCAGCUUGUAAAACAGUGAUUGAAUUUCCCCCCAAACCUCAGGCCUUUAUAGAUAUUAUUUACACAAUGAGUCCCGUCUGAUUGGCUGAUUCUGCUUCCCUCCUGGAGCCUGAUUGGUCUUUUCCUGCAGGCCAAACAGUUGUUGCAUUCUAGGAUCCUACCAGCCUAAUAGGUUGGUUAACUUACUCCUGGAGCCUGAUUGGUCUUUGCCUGCAGGCCAAUCAGUUGUUGCAUUCUAGGAUCCUACUUGCCUAUUGUUCUAGGAUCCAAGCUUAGUACAUAACACCAUAUACAUUUAAAACAGCAUCAUGGCACUUUAAUUAGUCAUGGCGCCCUCCCCCCCAAUUACAAAAGCAUCCUGGGAAGUGUAGUUUAAGGGUGUUGAAUAGCUGUUUUGGAGGUGCCUAUUCCCCUCACAGAACUACAAUUCUCAACUCUACAAUUAAAUAAUCCCUCCCUCUUCCCAUGGAUUUCUGGGAGUUGUAGGCCUGUGAGGGGAAUCAGAGUCUCCUCAUACGUAACUCUUCCCCUGAAUGCGAAGACAGGCUCUGGUGAAAGGAGCAGACAAGGCCAAGAGUGGCUCCAACAGUCAAGAAAGUGGUUUCUGCACAUGCUGUAGAGGGAAGUGAGGGGAAGGGGGGAGCAAGGAAGCAGCUGCCCCCCCCCAAACAAGUAAAUAAAUAAAAACACCUAACUAAAAGUAGAAAUUGUGGAAAGAUUUUGACAGAUUUUCCUGAGCACUUGGGGUCAAAAGAAAGUCAUUUAAAACAACUGUUGCUGAGAUUUGGCAAAAACCAAUAAAACAAGUUUUGGGGGUGGGGAGCCAGUGGGAUCUCUCAGCUCACUAGAGUGAUAUUAAAACGUUGCACUUUCCUCUUCCUCCUCCUCCUCCUCCAUCUAGUAUGGAGACACCACACACACCCUGAUAGAAAAGAGGGGCUACAAGGGGCUUUUCCUGCCUGGGUUUGAGCCACCCAUCUUCAGGGACCCUCUGUUGAAAAGACUGUAAGUACCCAGCCCUUAAUGCUCUGCGUAAACUCUAGCGUGAAAGAUCUGAUUCUCAUUUUAGACUGGGUGCCAUUCCACACACUUAGAUUUGCCACUGGGAUUGUUCAACCAGCAAGGAGCUAGUCCUGGCCAUUUCUGAGUGUCAUUCGCACAUUACACUUUUAGGUAAAAAUAAUCUUUUCUUUCUCUUCCCCUUCCCACUGCACACAGAUUAGCAGAGACCCCACUGGAAGUUGUUAUCCUUCAAGGUACACACUUCAGACAAGCUUAAGCAUACACCUGAAUCAAAACAAAAAUCACGCUCAAAGAACCUUUGGUGACUUUCAUCACAGGGAGUUUGAUGUCUGAUUUUUAUUUUUUUUACCAACAACCAAACACAAACAGUGAGACCCCCAGGCGGCUGAUACAUUGGGUAUACAUAAUCAAUAAUAACAUAUUCAAAUCAACCAUAUGUACAAUUUUAUAUACGUUAACAGUCCUCCAUCCACAAGGUUUCUUUAACUUUUAACAUUUUAAUUGCCCCAAAUUGUUCAAACCUACCCAAAUAAUUCAAUAUCUUCUCAAACCAAUCCUCCUCUUUCUCACUGACCUUAAACCCUUUCAUGCUAUAUCUUCACAGUUACUGUAGAUAUUCUAAAAUUAUAAUAUUAUUCAGUUUUUUUCCUCCAUUGGUUCACCCCAGCUCUUCUGCAUUUUUCCAAUUACUCGCUAUAACCUGUCUGGCUGCAGUUACCAUCAAUUUUACCCAUUUACAUUCCUCUUUUGUUUUUAACUUGGUGCUACUCAGACUAAUAAGAACCAUUAAUUUAGCUAUCCCCACCUUCCUACCCACAAUUCCUGAUAUUUCUAUACCAAUCUGUUUCCAAAAUUCAGUAACUAACGGACAAUCCCACCACAUGUGACUGUACGUUCCCAUCACUCCACAUUUCCUGUCUGAUUUUAUUUGUUUAUUUAUUGCAUUCGCAUCCCACUUUUUCUCUCUCUAAGGAGUUCAAGGUGGCAUCCCUUGUUCUCUCUGCUGCUCAUUUAAUCCUCACAACCACCCUUUGAGGUAGGCUAGGCUGAGGGGAAUGACUGGCCCAAGGCCCCCCAGGGAACGUCAUGACCAAGUUGCUGGACUCCCAGAUUCUUUGCUGACACUCUAGCAGGACACCACACUGGCUUAUGGGGAACCCUUUGUGUAAAGGGAGAUUAACCCCUGAAAGGUGGACAAGAGCUUAAUUUGCAAAUGGGUUGCUGAGAUACUUCAAAUGGGCCUUUGGCAACAGGCUUCUCUUGCCUAUACGUUUUUCUCUGGAAAGAGUUAAUGGGGGUGGGAGGAUCUGAAGCCAACUUGUCUGCAUGAGAAGUACUCAUCCCACAAAAAACACCAAACCCCUGACCUCACCUGCCUUUUCUUUCUCAGGCCACCUGGGAAACUGAACUUCAUUGACCAUAUAGUGGGGAACCAGCCUGACCAGGAGAUGAACUCUGUGGCAGAAUGGUAAAGAUUGCUUUUGAAAUCAACUUAAGGGAAGCAUUGCUUUCCUUCUAGAACAUGAAAUUUCCUCGAUGAUAACACAGGACAUUUAGAGCAGCCAUGGGGACCCCAGAUGUUGUGGGCCUGAUCAAUCUAAAUCCCUGAUUCAGAGGAACUGAUUUUAGGACAUUUAUUAUGGGCGGCCUUUACUACGUACUAUGUACGCAAACACGCAUCCAGGGGGUGGGGUCCCCAACUGAGUCUUCUUCGAUCCAGAUGACAGAAAGCCUCAUUUAGGCCCUGCUCAUAGACCAUCCUCUCCAGGGGCUUUGCAUACCCACCAGCUCAGCAUGUGGGGGGUGGGGAGGAAGGAAGGGGGGCUGACCCUCUCCUUGGCUCUGCUCAAGGGAACGUGGCCCAGAGGAUGCAGGCAGCUGGGCCUCGGCUGUGGCUUUAUCAGCGGGGAUAUCAAAGGGCAAUAGCUAUGAUGGCUAACAUUGAUCUCCAGGUCCAUCUACUGUAUGCCUCUGAAUGCCAGCUGCUGGAGACAAGCAGCUAUUGGCUUCCUGUCCUGCGUGAGGACUUCCCAGAAUAAUCUGGUUAAAUGCUGGUGGGACCAUUAGGUUGGACAGCUGUGCUGCCUGGGGCUUGAUGGGAGUUGCAGUCCAAAACAUCUGGAGGUUUGGAGAAGAGUGGACUACAUGGACUUUCGAUGUGAUCUCGCUUAGCUGCCUGGAGAUCCACCCCCCCCCGCUCCCCCUCCCAUUAGCUGAUUUUUAAAUGGAAUUUCCAAGACAAAUGCAAUUAUAAACACCCACAGAGCAGAUCCCCUCUCCCUUCCUUCUUUGAGCUUCCAAGCAAGCAGCCUCCAUUCCAGCCAUGGUUCCAUAGACCCAGAGCUGCAACUCUGCAAGGAAGAUCAACAGCCUCUGUAGACCAUGGGCCAGUCUCCCUCUGUGCAGUGGCCGGCCGUGGCUCUCCAGGGGAUUAGAUGGGAGUCUUCCCCAGCCAUAUCUGACGAUACUAGGGAUUGAGUCUGGGGUCUUUGUAAGCAAAGUGUGUGUGGUGCCUCCUCUAAAAACAAAGGAGGUCUCUAGUCCUCACUGUUCUGAAUAAAGGAUUGAAUUAGAUAGAAACUGCUUUCGACAGAGUUAGACCGUUGGCCCAUCCACCUGGCUUGGUACUGUGCAACCCUGACUGGCAGUGACUCUCUGCCUGGACAUAUCAGGGGUUGAAGGUGGGUGCAAGAGCAGGUGCUCUACACCUGAGCUAUGGGAUCUUCACAAAAGAAACAGAUGGAUGUCAGAGCAGGAAGCUGCUCAGGUAGCUCUUGCUACCUUGCUGCAUCUCCUUGUUGCAACUUUUUAAUUCUUCAGUCAUUAAUUCUUCAAAAUAAUGUUUGUGAAUGCAUCUAGAUUCCACCCAGGAUGUUCUUUAAGAAUAUAAUUGUGGCUAAAGCCCUUGGCCUACUCAUUCUGACAUGUGGUGCUUCUUGCACAUCCGCAGGUACCAGAGAAACCUCCUCUUUCACCGUUUCUGGUCUGUGGACGACAAGCAGCUACACACAGAGUACAGUGCCCUCCGGUCCAUUGUGAUGGCCAAUUAUGAAGAGACCAUUAAAAUGCCCAUCAAUGAGCCUGCAACGGGGAAGAGGAAGUCUCAGAUCCAGGUGAAAGCCGAGACUCCCUGGGUCCUUUGUGUCAGGGCUGAGUGGCCAGAGUUGAGCCUCGAGCCAGGGCAGAGGAACAGGAGAGACACACCAGGCCAAACAGGAAGCCUUUCAAUAUCCUCCAGUGGCCAACCUGGGGGGAUGGUUCCAUCUUGGUGCCUGGGAAGGCGUUGCCACCUGCAAUUCCAGUUGUGUUCUACCAGGUGCAGCUGCCCGCUAGAGAAGAAGGUGCCAGUUUCUAACUCCAGUGGCUUGUACCAUAAAUUUGUUUUAGGGGGUACCAACUGCAUUGGGGGGCUCUGGGCACUUGGCAUGCUGGGGAAACUCUGGGGUGCAACAGAGAGAGAGAGAGAGAUGCAUAUUCUAUUGGCUGCAAUGGAAUGCCUCAAGCCUCAUUUAAUUGGGGGAGGGGGACCCUUUGACACCCCCCCCAGGAAGGUCUCUUCGGGCACAUGGUGUGCCAUGCUGGUGACCGCCUGAGUUAUUUGGCCUCUUCAGUAUAAGCCCUGCCCAUCCCAAUGCAUUUGCCUAUUGAAUCCUUCCUCUAAGGAGGUUGAGACUGUGUUGUGGUGUAGAUUUCCUUUAAGCAAGGAGUGUUGACUUUGUGGACUGCUUCUCCCCUGGUGCAAGGUAGAAACAUUUCUCGAUAAUUGGGGCUUUGGCUGAUUGACAUUCUCUAGCCAGCGUGGUGUAGUGGUUAAGAGCGGUGGAAUCGUAAUCUGGUGAACUGGGUUUGAUUCCCCGCCCCUCCACCUGCAGCUGCACCUUGGGCCAGUCACACUUCUCUAAAGUCUCUCAGCCCCACUCACCUUACAGAGUGUUUGUUGUGGGUGAGGAAGGGAAAGGAGAUUGUUAGCCGCUUUGAGACUCCUUAGGGUAGUGGUAAAGCGGGAUAUCAAAUCCAAACUCUUCUUCUCUUAUUCUUCUAUAGCCUUUUAAAUGUGUUUAUGGGAGGGGGUUAUUGGUUUGAUUUUGUUUUAUUAGGUAUUUUGUGUUCUCAUCUUGUAUUUUUAUGCUGUAAACUGCAUGUGAUUUUAAGAUGAGGGCUGUGUGUGUGUUUGAUUUGAUUUUUUAAAAAUCCACAAUACGGUAAAAAUUUCCUGUACUGUGAAAAUACAAAAGAAUCUGACUAGAGCAGCUGUCAUUAGUGAUGGCCAUGUAGAGAUUCAUCAAAACAGUGGUAAGAGCACAUGUUCCCACCCUACCACUCUGGGUAAACCCUGUUUCUAUUCCUCCCGUGUUUGGAUGCAGUGAGACAAGUGCUAAUCACAAUGCAAUCCAGCACACUUCUGCUCAGAAAUAAGACCCACUGAGUUCCAUGGAGCAUACUCCCAAGUAAGUGUGUCAAGGAUUACAGCCUAGGAUUACAAGAGGGUAAGGCAGGAGAUGAAGGCUGUUAAAGACUACUACCCACAAUGACGUAUUUUUCUCUCCUCCCCUCAAGCUCAAGGUGGUCUACAUAGUUCUCCCUCUUCUCACUUAAUCCCCACAACAGUCUUGCUAGGUUGAGGUCGCAAAGUGAGCUUCAUGGCUGAGUUGGGAUUUGGACUCUGGUCUCCCAGGUCCUGGUCUUGGCCUGGUGUUUUUGUGAUGUUGUUGCCGGCGGUUCACCACUCACAUGGUGCCUUCCUGCGCUCACUGUGUGCUUUUCUGCUCUGCAGGAAUACGUGGACUAUUACGGGGGCCCUGGAGUCCAACACAUCGCUCUGAAUACCUCGGAUAUUAUUGCUUCAGUAAGACAGUGUAUUCCCUGAUCAGUCUACCAAUAAGUGGCCACCUUUGGGAAUGUGGCCUUUGUCAUUGCUGUGUACAUUUUUGGGUUGCAGGUCACAAACCUGAAAGAACGUGGCACGGAAUUCCUGGUGGUUCCCCCCACCUACUACCAAAAUCUUAGGGAGAAAUUGAAAUCAGCCAAGAUCAAGGUGAAGGAGAACAUGGAUAAACUGGAGGUGAGUUGGCUACCAGGGCUACCCUACAUCUUGCGGUUUGGCUUAGUGGCCAGAAGGUUGGUCUAGACUGGGACUUCAUCAUGCAGUGCAUCGUUAAACUAUGGAACUUGCUGCCACAGGAGGCAGUGAUGGCCAUCAACUUGGGUGGCUUUAAAAGAGGAUGGGACAAAUUCAGUGGCUACUAGUCCUGGGGGCUGAACCGGAGGCUGAACUAGAUGGCCCAUUGGCCUGAUGAAACAGGGUUUUCUUAUGUUCUUACUGACUGGCGAGGCAUGAAGUCAAAUCCCUACUCAUCUGUGAAGCUUGGUGGGUGACCUUGAAAUAACCACUAGCUCCAAGUUGUGGUGGGAGCAAAACAGAAAGGUCAAGAACCAGAUACUCCCCUUGGAGGAUCUUGGAUAGAAAUACAAUACAAAUGCAACCAAAUACUUUAGCAGCUGCUCAACUUGAUGAGUUUCACAUUGGGAAGGGGGUUGUGGCAGUUCCAAUGUAAUGUGCAAGACCACCAACCUUUAAGGUGGGGCUGGCUAUCCUGUGACCCCCGUCCCAAGGCCCUUGGACUCCAAGCUCUCACCAGCCCCAGCCAGCACGGCCCAACGCUGGAGAGAGAUGUAAGAUGGAGUCCAGCAACAUCUGGAGGGCCACAGGUUAACCCCAUACCAGCUUUGAGGGCAUCACUUCCUGGUGCAGCUGGCGUUCUCCAUGACCCUUUCCCUCUGCAGGGAGGUGGGACUGAUUUGGAUGGUCAGACUCUGCCACUUAAUGGAUCCAAAUGGUUUCCAAAGGGUAGUAGGGGAUGUUUUAUCCCAUGUUGAUGGCCUUUUUAGCUGACUCCCCGUUGGCCCGCUGGAAUGCAAAGUUAACCAGGACUAUUGACUAUCUGGUUCCGAAGCACCCUCUCCAAUUGUAUGGAGUCUGGACAGCCCUGUGGUUUUUCCCAGAGCUGAGGGCGGUAGCGGAAAACACAUUCUGAAUCAGACUGAACACGGGUUAGAGCUCAGUGUCAAGCCUACCAAGUGGCGAUAGCGACGGCAAAGAGGACAUUCUUCACCACCUCUAUUGCAUCUGCAGAAAACAGCAGCAGCAGACUAUUUCAAGUGGUUCGCAAUCUAGCAGAACCACCUCCACCAUCAGGGCCUGGUGGGGAUCCCAAGAUCUCCUGAAAUGAUUUUGCAAAGUUUUUUGCAGAUAAAGUCGCUCAGAUUCGGAAAGAGGUAGACUCCACUGUGGGAGCAGGGCCGGGGUGAGAGAGUGCUAGAGUCCUGUCCAGUCAAGUGGCAUGGGAUCAGUUCCUAUCAGUUCGAGGAUGUGGACAGGCUGCUUGGAUGAGUGAAACUAACCACCUGUCUCCUUGAUCCUUGCCCAUCCUGGUCUUGAAAUGGGGUAACUGUGCCCCUGAAGGACCAGGUGUGCAGCCUGGGAGUCAUUUUGGACUCACAGCUGUCCAUGGAGACGCAGGUCAAUUCUGUGUCCAGGGCAACUGUCUACCAGCUCCACCUGGUACGCAGGCUGAGACCCUACCUGCCCACAGGCUGUUUUGCCAGAGUGGUGCAUGCUCAAGUUAUCUCCCGCUUGGACUACUGCAAUGCGCUCUAUGUGGGGCUACCUUUGAAGGUGACCCGGAAACUGCAACUAAUCCAGAAUGCGGCAGUUAGACUGGUGACUGGGAGUGGCUGCCAAGAUCACAUAACACUGGUCUUGAAAGACUUACAUUGGCUCCCAGUGCAUUUCUGAGCACAAUUCAAAAUGUUGGUGCUGACCUUUAAAGCCCUAAACAGCGUUGGCCCUGUAUACCUGAAGGAGUGUCUCCACCCCCAUCAUUCAAUCUGGACACUGAGGUCGAGUGCCAAGGGCCUUCUGGCGGUUCCCUCACUGUGAGAAGUGAGGUUACAGGGAACCAGGCAGAGGGUCUUCUCGGUGGUGGCACCUGCGCUGUGGAACGCCCUUCAAUCAGAUAUCAAGGAAAUAAACAACUUUCUGACUUUCAGAAAACAUCUGAAGGCAGCCCUGUUUAGGGAAGUUUUUAAUGUCUAAUGUUUUACAAUUUUUUAUGUGCUGUAAGUUGCCCAGAGUAGCUGGGGAAAUCCAGCCAGAUGGGCGGAGUAUAAAUAAUAAAAAUUAUUUAUUAUUAUUAUUAUUAUUAUUAUUAUUAUUAUUAUUAUACACCUCACCCAUUCCCUGGGCAACUUCUAUCAUUGCCCUUUCAUUUGCUUCUGCUCUAAAGGAACUCAAAAUCCUAGUUGACUUUGACGAGAAGGGAUACCUGCUUCAGAUCUUUACAAAGCCUGUUCAGGACAGACCGACUGUCUUCCUUGAGGUCAUCCAGCGCCACAAUCACCAGGUUUGUUGGGCAGCUGGGGCUCACCCCAAGCUCAGUGGAAACAAAUCAACUCUCACAGAUUGGUGGCUUUCUGUUCUACCCUGCUCAGUUUUUUUAAAAAAACAACAACAACCUUGCAUGAUAAAAGUUGGGAAAUGACCACCUUUUUAAGGCACAAAAGGGACUCAACUUGGAUAAUCCAUAUGCUGUAUUGCAACCACUAGAAUGAGCUGUUGACCAGAUUUUACUAUGCUGCAGCUAAUUGUCAGAGGGUAAUGGGGCUUGCAGGCUAGAUGAUCUGAGCAACCAGUAGGGCAGGCAUAGGCAAACUUUGCCCUCCAGAUGUUUUGAGACUAGUUUCCAUCAUCCCUGACCACUGGUCCUGUUAGCUAGGGAUGAUGGGAAUUGUAGUCCCAAAACAUCUGGAGGGCUGAGUUUGCCUAUGUCUGCAGUAGGGGCUUGGCUGACUCUGUGAAUAAUUAUUGUCUCCUCUUUGUGAUCAGUUCAUUGCUACUAACCUCACCACCUGCCCCUUGAAAACAGACUACCUGCCUCACUUUGGCUAGGUACCUGCCUCUGGCCUUCCCGAUUUCUGAGUUUACUGCUCUGGAAUUUGGCAUUAGUCUACUCUGAACUAGGGACUUAACUCUGCGCCUUCCAAGUUCCAAGCGGCUGUCUGCAGGCCUGACCCUGACAACCCUUAUUCAAAAGACAGAUGGAAUAACAACAACAAUGUUGCUGGUGUGGCUAUUAAAUCUGAGCUGAUGGGAAUGAAUCAUCAUCACCAUCAUGCUUCUGUGUUCAUAUGAGGCACAUUGUGACUGAUCUUUGGCUUCUCUGCCGUAUCGACCAUUCCAUCUGAGGUGGAGUGGAGAUCCCACCUGCCACGGAAGAGAGCUCCAGCUGGGGUAUCGGGAAGAAAGUGCUUGCACUAUUUACACAUUUCUCUCUCUCCUGUGGCUUUAGGGAUUCGGUGCUGGAAACUUCAAAUCUUUGUUUGAAGCUAUUGAACUGGACCAAGAUGCCCGGGGAAACCUCACUGUCCUGACACCCACCGGAGAAUCAGACUUUGUGUAA